GCAAAUUAAUUUGACCUGAAAUACAAUGUAAUUUUAUGUAAGGACGACUUUAUCACAGUUGAUGUUGGUCAUGAUACGGUUCGUUGAUUGAUUUGUUUGGUCUGAUUUCCGAUCGGCGGGCCGAUACGGACAAAAAUACUUCUAAAAGGAGCUGGCUCCACUUAAACAUACACUUUAAGAAAACAAUGAUGAGGUCAAAUAUCAUCCAGUAUGUUGCUUUCAUGAUUUUUUGCUUACGGAUAAUGUCGACUUCGGCUGAUGGAUACACAGAACAAGGGGAUAUAAUAUUUCUGUUAGAUGGAUCAGACAGCAUCUCGGAUGGAGAGUUUCUAGAACAAAAGAAAUUAGUAGAACAUUUUAUUACCCAGACUGACAUUGGACCCGACAGGGUACGUUGUGGAGUCAUUGUUGUCAGCUCAGACAUUGGUGAUACCAUUAGUUUUGCUCAUUCAACGAAUAAAAAUAAUCUUAUAACACGUCUUCAUCAACUGCAACAGCCACAAGAUGGAAGUAGAAUUGACUUAGGAAUUAAUAAACUAGAACGAAUGUUUUUUACUGAAGGGCGUUCUAAAAUGACUCAAAUAGGUGUUAUCGUCACAGAUGGGCGGUCAAAGUACCCGGAUGCUAGUAAAGGUGAAAGCGAGGCUUUGAAAUCCGUUGGAAUUCAUUUAUUCAGUGUAGGCGUUGGGAGGCUGGUAGACGAGAAGCAAUUGAAAUCUAUGGCUUUCAGUCCAAAUGAAUACUUUUAUAUCGAACCAUUUCAUAUGGCCGUAGAUAAACUUUUACAAGCAGUAAGAAAGCUGACAAUUCCUAAUCAAUUAGUUACAAAAACUAAACAACCAGUACAAACAACUACCACAAAAAGGUCAACAACAAUAACAUCAACACAACCACCGACAACAACCACCACAGCUGCAACUACAAAAACUUCAACAACAACAACAAGGGCAACAAUUGUUAUACACAACCCCAUGGAAGAGGACAAUGAUCUGAAUGGACAAGUGAAAAUAUCCGUAAAAUCAAACAUAUUAAACGGACGGGAUAUCAUAGGAACAAAAGUAGAAAAAAUGUUCUCACAAGAUGAUGUACCAUGGUUGAGUCAAAACAGUUUUAAUGAACCAUCAUACAGAGAGCUUAAACAAAAUGAACAGACUUGGUACAAUCCAGUAAAUCCGGUGCAAGCCCCAUGGGUAACUUUACCGACACAGAAAUCUACUCCUGCUGCAUGGAACACAUACGCUCCUACAGCACAAGCAUAUCAGAUAUAUACAACUGCACCUGAACUGCAUACAGCAACAGACAGCUGGUCAAGAGCGUAUAGAAAUCCACUAGCACCAAUCAAGUUGUUCAGUAUCAAUAUGCCUAUAAAGGUAUAUCAAGAAAAUGGAAGAAGACCAAAUCAAGAUUACGAAAGAAGACCAAACCAAGAGUACGGAAGACGACCAAUGAUUCAACCUCAAAUCACUACACGAAAACAUAUUCCAUCAACAACUACGACUAUGGCAACCACUACUACAAUACCCGUGACACAGAAACAACUUCCGGUCAGACCUGUUAUCAAUCCGGACCGAGUUGAGGAAGAACAUAGUAAAACACACGGAUCUGGUAAAUUGGAUUUAUGCUACGGAAGUCAGUAUGUCGACGGUGUUGGUUAUAAUGCAGACCCUAAAAGUUGUAAUGAAUUCGUACAGUGCUUCUAUGAAGGCGGACAGAUAAAGGUAGAGAGAGCACGAUGUCCGUUCCGGAUGUUCUGGGAUCAGCGACUACUACUGUGCCGACCAGCUACGUCUAUGUCUUGCUGGAGAGAUCCCUGUUUUGAUUUUACCGUCCGUUCAUAUGACCACAAAGGGAACUGCAGAGCUCACUGGACCUGUCGUAACGGUUUAUCACAGGCAAAAUGUUGUCCCACCGGUUUUGCAUUCAGUGAGGAAAAGCAAGAGUGUGUUCCAGAACCCGGAUGUACCGAUUGGUGUGAAGAUUCUGGAGACCUUACUUUUACAUCACCAUUUGCUAGUUGUCGAAUGUCACCGUUUGAAACGAACGAGAGAUUUUAUUUCGAAGAAAUUCCUGGUUUAGGAAUGAUGACAAGAUCAUGUCCACGUGGUUCACAGUAUAAUCCGGGUCUUUGCACCUGCGACAGAAGUGAUGAUGUCCGCAGAGAGUCAUGCAGACCUGAACUCAUUCUUGACUUUCAUGAUGGAUUCAAUGACAAAUCUGGAAAUAAUUUGGCAGUAACACCAGAAAAUGUUCACAUAGAAAGUGGAGCUGCUCGAUUCGAUGGAUCUGGUAAAAUUCGAUUAUGGCGGUUUUCUGGUGUUUCGUAUGGAUCCCAAUUUACAGUAACAAUGAAAUACAAAGAAAACCCACAUUCACGGACUACAGAACCAAUGCAUUUGUUAUCAAACUGUUUUAACCCUGAAGUAAUGAGACCAUCGAUUGAUAUAGCCAUCAGUCCAAAUAAAGGUGCAAUGUUCUUAGCAACGACAGAUAAAGGAGGAGAAAAGAUGGCAAUUCUUAAGUAUAAUAGUACAGAAUGGAAAACUUUGAGUUUUGUUUAUGAUGGAAAAUAUCUAACAGGUAGUGUAAAUGGCAUGACAUCAAGAGUCCCACUGAGAGGUGUGAUAGAACAAAGACCAAGUGCACUGAUAUUAGGAGCAUGUGAUUAUUUCGGUGGAUUCAAUGGUUUAAUGGAUGAUGUUAAAUUGUAUCUUUGUGUACCGCAUGGAAUCACGUAGUACAAGGACUACUUUAUCCAGCAAGUGACAAUCUGUGAUAUUUAUAAAUUAGUUGACUUUCAUCGGUUGCUUUUUAAAAAUCCCUAGCACAGAAGAACCAGGAAGCGCUAUCAGUAUUCACUCGAAGGAAUUCGUAUCAGUUGUAUAGAUAUACAGCACCAACAGCAUGUAUAUUUGUUAACAUAUUCUAUGGAACUUUUGACGGGUAUAAACCUUGAGCAGCCCUUUUUGAUCAAAUGAAAUUGAUUAUUCAUUUUUUUUUUGGAAGCUAAGGCUUUGUUAAUCAAAUACAGAACCUUCGGUCUUUGUUUUAUAUGUGUGUUGUGAGAAAGAAUAUUUCAUACAUACACGAAGAAGGUAGCAACCAUUUGAAUUCAUAUGGAGCAUUUGAGUGAUCUAGGAUCCUCGAUGUUUUUUUAAUGUCAAUCCGAAGUCUACUUCUUUUUGGACUAUCGUGUCAUGAUUUUUAUCUGACAAGAGCAGAUCUUUUAUUGUGUGUGGCCAUAGGCUCACACUCGAAUAAAAAAGGCAAGAAAUGAAAACAAAAGUAUUUGAAUAAACUGGAAGCCAAUCAAGAUUUUGAUUCGAAUGCUUCUGUUGAAACUUGUCUGGUACAUUUCUAAAUUGAUAUCUGAUAGAACGUUUGACCGAUUGCUGUUUAAAAACAGAAUUCAAAUUGUUGCUCCCUCAUUUAUGUCUGAAUGGAAUACGCUGUUUUUAUUUUGGAUACAAAAAUUGAGAUGAUAAUAAUAAAAGAUACAUACAUUAUAUUCACAUUUUGUACGAUAUUCAUGCAAAUAUAAGAAACAUCACAUUG